AUGGAUGGUGUCAUUCUUCCUAGAGGCCAAGUGCAUUUUGGCGAAGGAGAAAGUAUUACAAUGUACCGGUAUUACAAUGCUACAAUGCAGUGCCCAUGCUAUAUGCUACAGGUAGCACCUGAUUCUAAGAUUCCCAGUCACCAACUUGCAGAAAAUUUCUAUGCGCUAGCAAUUAUGCAAACAAUUAAAUCCGAGUACUCCAACUUCAGCAUCCCUCCUGGAGUUAAUCACCCUGGAAAGCUUCGAAUUGUCCUUGCUUCUAUGAUUUGUACAUCUGCUAUGGGGAAGAUUUGGGAGAAGAUGGGGGUGUGCAGCCGGAUCGCCUUCAGCCGCUACGUGCGCGCCGGGCGGGAGCUGGGGCCGGGGCCGGGGCCGCACCGUGGGGCCGGGGCCGCACCGUGGGGCCGGGGCCGCACCGUGGGGCCGGGGCCGCACCGUGGGGCCGGGGCCGCACCGUGGGGCCGGGGCCCAGUGCGGCUCCACCGGCCCCGCGCGCCAUCUGCCGUGCGCCCGGCCGCCAUCUUCUUGCACGGCGGCGGGCGGCUCGGGGCUGCCGUCACGCCGCCGGAGAGCCAGCGGUGGUUGUGCCGGGACAGCUACGCCGUCCUUGUGUGUACCGGGUAUCGUUUAGCCCCUGAACACAAAUACCCUGCUGUGUAUGAAGACUGUCUUAGUGCCACCAUACACUUCAUGAAGAAUAUCGAGCACUAUGACGUGGAUCCUGGCAAUGUCAUUGUCUGCGGGGACAGUGCUGGGGGCAAUCUAGCAGCUGCUGUUAGCCAGACCCUUGCAGGCAGAUCAGACCUCCCCAAACUACGUGCUCAGAUCUUGAUCUACCCGGGCCUUCAGGCACUGGACUUCAAUUUACCAUCCUAUCAGCAGAAUCGGGGAGUCCCUCUCUUAUUCCGAGAACGCGCCGCUUUCUAUGUGUUACAGUACCUAAAUGGGAAUGCAUCAAAUCUGGAUGAGGUCUUGGAGGGUUCCCAUAUUCCUAUAGAUAUUAAAUUAAAUUACAGGAAGUGGGUGAGUCCAGAUAACAUCCCCGAAAAGUUUAAGGUCAGAGGCUACAAACCACAUGUGCUACUUGACUGCACAACCGAAAUUUAUGAGACAGUGAAAAGAUUCUGUGAGCCCAACCUGUGCCCGCUGUUGGCCGAAGAUGCUAUUAUUCACCAGCUGCCCGAGUCUUUCAUCUUGACUUGCGAGUAUGAUGUGCUGAGGGAUGACGGCUUGCUUUACAAGAAGAGACUGGAGGACAACGGUGUUCAAGUGACCUGGUACCACCUCGAGGAUGGAUUCCACGGAAUCAUAAGCCUGUAUGAUUAUUGUGGUUUCUUAUUUACUGCUGGGAAAAGGGGAUUGGACAGAACUGUUAAAUUCCUAAAAAGGCCUAUAAAACCAACUUUCCUUAUGCUUCUCACACUAAUGUCUCCAUUUAGGCUCCCAAACCUUAGGUAG